GGGGGACGGCGUGUGAUGGGCGUGGGGCUGAGCCCUGACCUCCUGUGCCCAGGGCACCGCCUUGUCGUAAAAAUCGAGAUCCGCACGCAGCUGGUGGAGCAGUUCAAAUGCUUGGAGCAGCAGUCGGAGUCGCGCCUGCAGCUGCUGCAGGACCUGCAGGAGUUCUUCCGCAGGAAGGCCGAGAUCGAGCUGGAGUACUCCCGCAGCCUGGAGAAGCUGGCCGAGCGCUUCUCCUCCAAGAUCCGUGGCUCCCGUGAGCACCAGUUCAAGAAGGAUCAGCACCUCCUUUCCCCUGUGAACUGCUGGUACCUGGUUCUGACGCAGACCCGUCGGGAGAGCAGGGAUCACGCUACCCUGAAUGACAUCUUCACAAACAACGUCAUCGUGCGGCUGUCGCAGAUCAGUGAGGAUGUCAUCAGGCUCUUCAAGAAGAGUAAAGAAAUUGGCUUACAGAUGCAUGAAGAACUCCUGAAAGUCACCAACGAGCUGUACACGGUGAUGAAGACCUACCACAUGUAUCAUGCAGAAAGCAUCAGUGCUGAGAGCAAGCUGAAGGAGGCAGAGAAGCAGGAGGAAAAGCAGUUCAACAAGUCGGGGGACGUUAGCGUGAACCUGCUGCGGCAUGAGGAGAGGCCGCAGCGGCGGAGCUCCGUCAAGAAGAUUGAGAAGAUGAAGGAGAAGAGACAAGCCAAAUAUUCUGAAAACAAGCUGAAGUGUACUAAAGCCAGGAAUGACUACCUGCUGAACCUGGCAGCCACCAACGCAGCUGUCAGUAAAUACUAUAUCCACGAUGUCUCUGACCUCAUUGAUUGCUGUGACCUGGGGUUCCAUGCCAGCCUUGCACGGACCUUCCGGACGUACCUGUCUGCUGAGUACAACCUGGAGACAUCCCGCCACGAGGGCCUCGACAUCAUCGAGAAUGCUGUGGACAACCUGGAUGCGCGGAGCGACAAGCACACCAUCAUGGACAUGUGCAACCAGGUCUUCUGUCCUCCGCUGAAGUUUGAGUUCCAACCCCACAUGGGGGAUGAGGUGUGCCAGGUCAGCGCCCAGCAGCCUGUGCAGACCGAGCUGCUGAUGCGGUACCACCAGCUGCAGUCCCGCCUGGCCACCCUCAAGAUAGAGAAUGAAGAGGUACGAAAAACUCUGGAUGCCACAAUGCAGACUUUGCAGGACAUGCUGACAGUGGAAGAUUUUGAUGUUUCAGAUGCCUUCCAGCACAGCCGCUCCACGGAGUCGGUGAAAUCAGCUGCUUCAGAGACCUACAUGAGCAAAAUAAACAUUGCCAAGAGGAGAGCCAACCAACAGGAGACUGAGAUGUUCUAUUUUACAAAAUUUAAGGAGUAUUUGAAUGGCAGUAACCUUAUCACAAAGCUCCAGGCUAAGCACGACUUGCUGAAGCAGACUCUUGGGGAAGGUGAAAGAGCCGAAUGUGGAACAACCAGGCCCCCAUGUCUUCCCCCUAAACCACAGAAAAUGAGGAGACCUAGGCCUCUCUCAGUCUAUAAUCAUAAACUCUUUAACGGCAAUAUGGAAACGUUCAUUAAGGAUUCAGGACAGGCCAUUCCGCUGGUCGUGGAAAGCUGCAUUCGUUACAUCAAUUUGUAUGGCCUUCAGCAGCAGGGUAUUUUUCGAGUUCCUGGCUCACAGGUAGAAGUCAACGACAUCAAGAAUUCCUUUGAACGAGGUGAAGAUCCCCUUGCUGAUGAUCAAAAUGAACGUGACAUUAACUCAGUGGCUGGAGUCUUGAAGCUGUAUUUCCGAGGACUGGAAAACCCCCUCUUUCCUAAGGAAAGGUUUCAAGAUUUGGUAUCUACUAUAAAAACUGAGAAUCCCACUGAGAGGGUGCACCAGAUUCAGCAAAUCAUCGUCACUCUGCCCCGGGCUGUCAUCGUUGUCAUGAGAUAUCUAUUUGCCUUCCUCAAUCACUUGUCACAGUACAGCGAUGAGAACAUGAUGGAUCCCUACAACCUGGCCAUCUGCUUUGGACCCACUCUGAUGCACAUUCCAGAUGGGCAGGAUCCGGUGUCCUGCCAAGCCCAUGUCAAUGAGGUCAUCAAAACCAUCAUCAUCAACCAUGAGGGCAUCUUCCCCAGCCACAGAGAGCUGGAAGGGCCUGUCUACGAGAAGUGCAUGACUGGAGGGGAGGAGUACUGUGACAGCCCUCACAGCGAGCCAGGCACCAUUGAUGAAGUUGACCAUGACAACGGCACGGAGCCACACACCAGUGAUGACGAAGUGGAGCAGAUUGAAGCCAUAGCAAAGUUUGACUAUGUUGGUCGGUCUCCACGAGAGCUGUCCUUCAAGAAAGGCGCCUCGCUCCUCCUGUACCAUCGGGCAUCAGAAGACUGGUGGGAAGGGAGGCACAACGGUGUGGAUGGCCUCAUACCCCACCAGUACAUUGUGGUGCAGGACAUGGAUGACGCCUUCUCCGACAGCCUGAGCCAGAAGGCGGACAGCGAGGCGAGCAGCGGGCCGCUGCUGGAUGACAAGGCGUCCUCCAAGAACGACAUCCAGUCCCCGACGGAUCACCUUGUGGACUACGGCUUCGGUGGAGUCAUGGGCCGAGUGAGAUUGAGGUCUGACGGCGCAGCUAUCCCUCGCCGUCGAAGCGGGGGGGACACCCACAGCCCGCCCCGGGGGCUGGGUCCUGGCAUAGACACUCCUCCUCGAGCGGCCGCCUGCCCUAGCAGCCCCCACAAAAUUCCUCUAAGCAGAGGCAGGAUUGAGAGCCCUGAAAAGCGCAGGAUGGCGACAUUCGGCAGUGCAGGGAGCAUCAAUUUCCCAGACAGGAAGGCCUUGUCUGACGGCCACCCGCUGCGAUCGACCUGUGGAUCCACCAGGCACAGUAGUCUUGGAGAUCAGAAAUCUCUAGAAGCAGAAGCGCUUGCUGAGGACAUCGAGAAGACCAUGAGCACGGCGCUGCACGAGCUGCGGGAGCUGGAGCGGCAGAACACGGCCAAGCAGGCUCCCGACGUGGUGCUGGACACGCUGGAGCUCCUGAAGAACCCCCCGCUGGGCGCCGCCAACUCGGAGCCCGCCAGCCCCCUGCACACCAUCCUGAUCCGGGACCCCGACGCCGCCAUGCGGCGCAGCAGCAGCUCCACCGCCGAGAUGAUGACCACCUUCAAGCCGGCGCUGUCGGCCCGGCUGGCCGGGGCGCAGCUGCGGCCCCCCCCCAUGCGGCCGGCGCGCCCGGCGGUGCAGCACCGCUCCAGCAGCAGCAGCAGCUCGGGGGUGGGCAGCCCCGCCAUCACCCCCACCGAGAAGCUGUUCCCCAGCGGCGCGGCAGACAAGUCGGGCACCAUGUAGCCGGGCACGGUGCUCAGGGGAAGCCAGCGGGGAGCGCCCAUGGUGCAGCACAGCUGUAGUGUGUGCGUGUGUGUGUGUGUGUGUGUGUGUGUGCAGGUGUGCGCGGCCCCGUCCCGCUGGAACGCUCCCUGGGCUCGCAGCCGCGUGGCAGAGGGGGACGGCGGCUCUGCGUGUCGUCACUGGAGAUUACACCUUAUAUGUAGAAGUAUAUAUUAAAAAAAAGUGUACAGAAUUUGGUGACUUUUUUAAAAAAAGUAGAUUUACCUCAGAAACUGGCUCUGAAAUGUCCUUGCUAGAGACGCUGGGUUGGUUUUGUCAUUUUUUCCAGGCUAUUUGUGUGCGUGUGUGCGUGGACGUACAUAGCAGCUGUGGGCCGAGCAAUACGAGGCCGCUCCUGGGAGCUGUGCGCUGCGCCCUGCGGUGCUGGGGAAGCAGAAGGGCCGGCAUGGCACGGCGUGGUAUGGCACAGCAUGGCACGGCACGGGGGGCUCUGCUGGCUGAGGAUUGCUGGCAGCGUGGGGCCCUGGGCUCGGGCAUCAGCAGCGGGUAAGAACUGGUGACAAACCUGUGAUAGAAAGUAGAUAGAGAACUUACACAGCCUGAGAUGAGGCUUUUCCCUUUCCCCGUAACACUUUUUUUUUUUUUUUUUUAAUUUUACCUAUCGAUGUCCCAGCGAAUGGGACUGAAGGCGAGGAGGCUCUGCUGCAGUGGCUCCUUCCCGGAGGCUGCACAGCAGUACGUGAGGGUCUUGAUUCAGAUUGUGUCUUCUUGCAUGCAAAGCAUGAGCCAUAUGUGACCAUAUCAGACGCGUAGCUGAUCUGAUGGGGCGAUAUUUUGCACUUUCUGUACUGUACUAUAUAAUACAACAGUUUGAGUUUAUGCAAAGAAAUUUACACUUUGUUUUUCCUCGGAACAUUUAAUCCAGAGAAAAAAACCAUACGCAGAAAGAGCUGGGGGUUGCAUGGUAUCCUGUCUGAUAGCCACGUCUCCGUAACGCUGAAUCCAAGACACUCCGUGCUUCUCCUGCAGUCUCCCUCCCUGCGCAGGUUUCCUUGCAGUGACCCGUGCUUUCAUUCAGCCCCAUCCGUGCCCUCGCGCUCCCAGGGCAGUGCCUGACCGCCGGCCCGCAGCCCCCGGGCAGGGCAGGGCAGUGGGGCAGCAGCGGCUCCGGGUGCCAGCGCCGUGCCGGGGCCGCGUGUGCCCGCUCCGCUCUUUGUCGCUGUACUUGCUUCAGUGCUGGAAAGUAACCAUUAAAGUGUAAGCUGUACAAAAAUAGGGUAAGAUUAGAUGAAAGCCAACGCCACUCACCGGACCUUUGCACUUAGUAGGUAGCUCAAUGUAAAAAUAAAAAACAAUGUUAAAAAAAAAGAAAUAAAGAAAAGCAGAAACCUAACCUUUCAGUGUACAUAGUGGGGAAGUACUGUACGUAGUGGUUCUGUCCUUGUUCCUCGGUAUAACGCUAUAAGGGGAAAUGGUGUUUACGUACUUGUCUAUUAACAUAGUUGACAUUUGUAAUUACCACAAAUUAGUUCGUAUGGAGGUUUAUUUUUCUCCAUGAUUUCUCCCCCUUUCCUAGACGUAGGCUCACCCCGAGCUCAGCGCUCGGGCCGCGCGUGUCCCAGCAGCCGUGCUCUGCUUGGUGCGGUGCAGCGGGGCUGGGGGCGGGGAGGAAGCCCCUGGGCACGAGAGGUGUGCGGCCGUUGCCAGCGAUGUUUUCCGUUCGGUUCCUGGAGAACACUCACUUUGCUCUUCUGGUUUUUUUUAAUUUUUUAAUAUACUUCUGAAGAUGACCUGAGAGCGAACCGUGUUUGUUGGGUUUGGUUUUUUUUCCUGCCUUCUUUUGAAGAUACGGUACAAAUGCCAGUGUUUUUCUAUUAAAUUAUUGCCUUUCGUUUUCUUUUGUUUUGUUGUGGGUUUUUAAUACAGUUGUUUUCUUAACUUUAAGUGCCUUUUUGAGCACCGGAACAAAUGCUUGGAAUCGAUGUCCUCGGAGCUGCAUCGCGAUUUCCUUUGUACAGUUACGUUGUGCUGUGGCUGAUUGCUUUUGAAGUCCUUAUUAUUAUUAUUUUUUUUUUAACAAACGGAAGCCAGGAUGUUUUGUUGAAGAACAAGCAACCCCUUUUUAAUACGGUAUUCCAAUUGUAGUUUUAACUACUGUAAAUUUAGGGGGGGGAAAAUGUAUUUUUCUGUAACUUGGCACAAAAUUUAACCACGUUGUAGGAGUAUCAUAACUGGAACCUGCUCAUGUUCUAUGAGUGACUUUAUCCUGCUCCUCGAUACCUCUGUCAAGGCUCAAAGACUGUAGGCUCGCCGAGUCCCGGGGCGGUCGGCUCCAGCCUGGAGGUGGCCGGGGGCUGGGGGCCAUCCCUGUGGCCCUGCAGGAGGUGGGGACCGCCCCUGGGGGGUCUCUGCCGUGCAGAGCCGGUGCCGCCCUGGUGCCUGCAGCCCCCGGUGCUGUGCCCCUCCCAGGACCGCGGCCGGGCCGAGUGGGUGAUGCCGUGGGGAGACCUUGUGCUGCGAUGGCCGCGUCUCUCGUCCUUCGGCUGCAGUGCGCCCGGUGCCCUUCUUGUAACGUCGCACCGUGUGCAUAACGGGCAGCGCUCCGCUUUUCACCCUGCGGCACCGGGAGUCCCGAGGCUGACCGGCUCCUGGGGGCUGGGCUGCGAGGUCUGCUGGGUUUUGGUUCUGUCAGGAAACCUCAGGAACUGCUGUGGGCUGCCCCUCGUCGCGGUCGUCGUCCUCCCCGUGGGUGUUGUCUCUGUAAUGUAUGGUGCGAUGCCGUCAGCUAGAGCGGUUGGGUCCUCUGUCCUGUAUGCUGAUGAUGCCAUGUAGAUGGAGCCACUGCUUGGAGGUGGACUCGUCCUGUUGAAUAAAACUGCUUAACUUUUCUCAAAA